ACUCAGCACAUGCUCACAAGACGCAGACUCAUGAUCUACAUUCUCAUAGCCAGCUUUUCACUUAGACGAGAGGAAUCUUCAGUGUCCCAGGGAGUGUUCUGUUCUAGGGCUCUUGAGACUCCACUGGAGAUUCCGUUGGUGAACACUCACAAGAGCCCUGCUGGAGCAUCACUCCGGGGACCCUGGGAAUCUGUGGAGCUGCCAGUUGAUCCGCUGCGUUUGAGGAUAGUGGGAGGACCGGACAGACGGAGCUGGAUCAGGAGAUUUAGUCGCUCAGACAGUCUGACAGUUUUCUGCUGUGUGAUUUAGUUAAAGGGACCAACCAGCACCCCAGGAUAUGCCCCCGUUGGGUCACUAAGCCGGACUGAUGUGGUGUGCGAGCCAUGGUGACUCUGUCCCACAAGAAGCCUUUCAGUGAGGAAGACUGCGAAGAGGACAGACAAUAGACCAGAGGAACGACGUGAAGAGAGCAGGACGAACAGCAGCAGACGAGCCACUCCAGAAUGCCUGUAGAGACCCUCCGGCCCUCAGACGGCCGUCUGGCGGGGGUCCCCUUCACCUCAGCCAUGCCUUUCCGUAUCCUCAACAAGGGACCCGGCUACUUCCGGCGGCCCGCGGAGCCUGGAGCCCGUAAGCUGAGCGCGGUGGAGCGUCUGGAGGCGGACAAGGCCAAGUAUGUGAAGAGCCAGCAGGUGGUGCUCACCAGGCAGGAGCCUGUCAAACCACCCAUCAUCCGCAAGCCUCUGCUGUCCCCGGGCAUGAUGCUGCAGUGUCGGAUCAACGCCCCCCCGGCCCGCAAGGCUCCCCGGCGGCCUGCCGUCUCAGAGAACGGAGGAGGGAUAGGGUGGCGGAGGGGACCACCUCUUAACCUGGAGAUCCUCAACAACCUCAUCAACAAUGUGUGUGAUGGACCCCUUCUCUGCUCCCCAUCUUCCGUCCCCUCGUCGCCCUACACCUCCUCUCCUUCAUCUGGGGGGAACAGCAUGGAGAAUGGUCUCUCAGCUGACCGGGAGAGGAGCAAUCUUAAACCUGUUAAUAACUGCAACACCUCCUCCUCCACCACCUCCUCUUCUUCCACCUCCUCUCCCCUCAACAACAACAACAGCCAGACCUGCCCUGCCGAGCCCAGCCACCGGCCGCCCCCUGUCCCAGCACGGGGCAUCAGGGUGGGGGUGCCAGCGCCCUACAGCUCUCCUAACUCUGUGACGGUGCGCAGGGUGGAUGUGAGGCCCCAGGCUGAGCCGAGGAAGCCCCAGAGGACCCAGUUUCAGCCUCAGAUCAAGCCCAGACAAACUUCCCAGCCCCAGGUGGCUCAGCUCCAGGCCCCAUCACCACCACCCUCACAGCAGGCCAAGCCCCAGCCUCUCACCCCCACCCAGGCUUUACCCUCUCCCCCAACCUGCCUGCCUCCCAGCCCCAUGCUGAUCCGGGCCGGCGUGAUGCCCCCAGCCUCCCCUGCUUUCACCCGCCUGUCCUCAGCCAGCUCCAGGGGGUCUCGGCCCGGCUCGGCCCGGAAACACCCCUCCCUACACCGCUCCAAGUCUGACCUGAGCGACCGGUACUCACGAGCCACAGCCGACCUGGAGCGCUUCUUCAAUUACUGUGGCCUGCACCCAGAGGAGGUAGAGGGCAUGGGGGGAGUGGAGCGCUUCGCCAGGGCCAGCUCAGACAUUGUGUCUGUGUCCAAGCUGCGCAGCGCCAGCACCCCUAGCUCUGAGUGUGAGCAGGCGCGGGAACAAGGGGAUGUGGAUGGCGAGGAGGGUCCUGCCCGACCCGGGGAGCGUGUCCCCUACGGAAUCUCCAUCAUCGAGAGGAACGCUCGUGUCAUCAAGUGGCUGUACGGGAUCCGGCAGGCGCGAGACGCUGUGUCCAACGUUUAGAGGAAAGAGACAGGAGGGGGAGGCUCUGGAAUGAUACCCAGGCCUAGAGGAAAGAGACAGGAGGGGGAGGCUCUGGAAUGAUACCCAGGCCUAGAGGUUAGAGACAGGAGGGGGAGGAUCUGGAAUGAUACCCAGGCCUAGAGGUUAGAGACAGGAGGGGGAGGCUCUGGAAUGAUACCCAGGCCUAGAGGAAAGAGACCGGAGGGGGAGGGUCUGGAAUGAUACCCAGGCCUAGAGGUUAGAGACAGGAGGGGGAGGCUCUGGAAUGAUACCCAGGCCUAGAGGAAAGAGACAGGAGGGGGAGGCUCUGGAAUGAUACCCAGGCCUAGAGGAAAGAGACAGAAGGGGGAGGCUCUGGAAUGAUACCCAGGCCUAGAGGUUAGAGACAGGAGGGGGAGGCUCUGGAAUGAUACCCAGGCCUAGAGGAAAGAGACAGGAGGGGGAGGCUCUGGAAUGAUACCCAGGCCUAGAGGAAAGAGACAGGAGGGGGAGGCUCUGGAAUGAUACCCAGGACUAACACAGGUUGUUUUUUAUUUAUUGAUAAAUCCCACAGACCAUUGAGGGGUACAUAUUUUUCCAGGAGGACAUUGUCAUUCUGUAUUGUGUUGCCUUACGGCAUGUAUAGUAUAAUUUCUUAGAAGAGAUGAAGGACCAGAAAUCACACUCCUCUCUAAACAAAUAUUCAAAGCAAUAAUGGCAGUGGUAGAAAUGACUGAAUGCUGAGGAUGAUGGUGAUGUUGACCAGAUGCUGUGGUUCCUGCUGUCACUGUCUGUCUGAAAUACAGGUACUUCGGAGGCUGUGUUUAGAGUCCAGGGCCCCGUUCUCUCUGCACAGGGGUCAAGGGCCCUGUUCUGUCUACACAGGGGUCCAGGGCCCUGUUCUGUCUGCACAGGGAUCCAGGGCCCUGUUCUGUCUGCACAGUUGUCCAGGGCCCUGUUCUCUCUGCACAGGGGUCCAGGCCCUGUUCUGUCUGCACAGGGGUCCAUGCCCUGUUCUCUCUGCACAGGGGUCAAGGCCCUGUUCUGUCUGCACAGGGGUCCAGGCCCUGUUCUGUCUGCACAGGGGUCCAGGCCCUGUUCUGUCUGCACAGGGGUCCAGGCCCCGAUCUGUCUGCACAGGGGUCCAGGGCCCUGUUCUGAAUUUACAGAAUCUCAUGAUGCAAGAAAAGGCUCUGGGUGUUUCACAGCUCUCACACAUUCAGGUGUGUGUGUGUGUGUGUGUGUGUGUGAGGGGGGGACUUCAUUGAUACUGUGAAACAUGAAAGCUUCUGUAAAAGAACCUGUUUUCCUUUCUUGUAACCUUGUCUGUAAAACUGUUUAUUCAUACCGUUGCUGUCAAGCACACAAGUCAAAGUUCAUAUGUGUCCUCAUCUCAACAAAGCACAUUCACCUAUACUCACGACUCACCGUUGAAACAGACGUGUUCAGGUCAGUGAUAGAGUAUCGUCUAUAGCUGUGUACUGUGUCGGCGUUUUCUGCACCGCAAUUGAACACGGUCUCUAAUCAAACAUGGCUGCAUUGGUUCAGUUAGUCUCCGUUUAUUCAGUGAACAAGGUAUAUGUCUGGGCACGGAUGACAAAGAUAGUCUUGUGAUGAGUGGAGGGUUGAGGUAAGUGUAGGUUGGAUGAGUAGGUUGCUGUCUGGGGUUGGAGGAGAGACACGCGGCUCAAUGGAAGAGGGAUCAGGACGGUCUAGUGAGACAGGUCGAUACAGGAAAGAGUGUGAGACAGGUCGAUACAGGAAAGAGUGUGAGACAGGUUGAAACAGGAAAGAGUGUGAGACAGAUUGAUACAGGAAAGAGUGUGAGACAGAUUGAUACAGGAAAGAGUGUGAGACAGGUUGAUACAGGAAAGAGUGUGAGACAGGUUGAUACAGGAAAGAGUGUGAGACAGGUUGAUACAGGAAAGAGUGUGAGACAGGUUGAUACAGGAAAGAGUGUGAGACAGGAAACCGUGUACACGACAUAGUCUACUGAAAUGGACCAAUAUUUAUUUUUACAAAGUCAUUUGAAGUUACAAACGAUUGUAAUAUUCAACAACCAGUGUAUAGUGUUAAAAAUGUGUACAAAAGUACAACUGAUCGUAUCUAUGUGACCAUGCACAUACACACAGACACACUAUACACACACACACACACACCUAGACACCAGCCACACAACAUGAGUGUGAAUGUUGUGUGUAACUGAAUGCUGAAGUACGUGUGAUGAUAGUGUAAUAUGCACUCUGCUCUGUGGGAAAGAAAAGGAGGGAAGACUAUUUAUUCGACUUCCUGUUCCUCUCAGGGGAGACAGACGGAGGGCUCAGCCAUGGUCUGGUCUGGUGUUAUGAUGAUGUGGGUCUGGGCCUGAGCUCCAUGGUCUGGUGAGUUCAACACUGUCUGGCUGCCCAAAGAAAAGUCAAGCUAUCCUUAUGCUGCAAAAUGGUGUCUUUCUUAACAUGUCAAUAAAGAAUAAUGUUUUUUAAAAGUA